AUGAGGCGUAAACUGGAAUUAUUCCCUGUUCUCGCGUUUGUUGGUACCGGAUACGUGACCUAUUCGAUGGUUAUGGAGAGUCAGAAGUUCGACACUCUCUACGAUUUCGGAGAAUAUCUCUACGGCAGAGGCUACAACGAAACCGAGAAAGUCUGGAAGAUUGUGUCGCCUUGGGUAGCUCACAACGUCAAUGAGUUCCUGAUCUGGAGCGGCUACAAAAAACGAGACACGAUCAAGGAAGUAAAAGAUGGCGUAGAUUUGAACGCGAUCAAGACAACAGUUCUCCCUCCCAUAACUCUUCCAACUCCAACGACAACUACUACGAAUGCGCCAGGCAUGCGGACAUGUGCUCAGUGUACGGGCGGAAACUACAAUGAUCACCGCGAGUUGAUGACGGGACCAAUCCAAUACAAACUGACGACGUGGCGCGAGGACUGGAUCGAGACUGAUUGCCUUCAGGCAAAAGGUACUUUUCAGUAUUGCGAAGGGAGGUGUGUCUUCGUUACCGUAUCCAGACAUCUGCAAGACCAACAAACUUACCAAGUUGAAGGUGUUCUCUCGGAUUGUGCUGAUGACUUAUUCCGCUGGGGAACCGAUUUGCCAUUCUUCAUGAGAGAUAAGACGAGUGAUAUAUCAUUUCAAACUAUAGCAGAAGAACUCUUCGCAGUAUCCAAAACAAUCUGA